UCCAGGUUCUGGAUCCCCUCGCCUCACCCACUCUUCUUUAUCUUCCCCGGUUUCAUCAAUCUACGGUGUUUAUAUCGUAGCUAUUUUCAUCAUGGCGUCGACAGCCUCCCAGCCGGCCCCCAGCGGCAAUGCUUUCAAGGACAAGGAGAAGCCUAUGGCCGUCCGUACGUCCAACAUUCUGGCUGCUAGAGCCGUCGCCGAUGCCAUCAGAACAUCUUUGGGACCCAGGGGUAUGGACAAGAUGAUCCAAACGCCCAAGGGAAACACAAUCAUCACGAACGAUGGAAACACCAUGUUGAGGGAUAUGAGCGUCAUGCACCCCGCCGCUAGGAUGCUGGUCGAUCUCAGUGCGGCCCAGGAUGUUGAGGCUGGUGAUGGUACCACAUCCGUUGUCGUUAUUGCCGGAAGCCUGCUCGGUGCUGCAGAGCGCCUGCUUGGAAAGGGUAUCCAUCCCACUGUCAUCUCGGAGUCCUUCCAAAGAGCCGCUGCCGCCGCUGUCGAAAUCCUCACCAACAUGUCUCGCCCCAUCAACCUGACGGACCGCUCCACCCUCCUUCAGGCUGCUUCCACCUCCCUCUCCUCCAAGAUUGUUUCGCAGCAUUCCGGCCUCCUCGGUCCCAUGGCCGUGGAUUCCGUGUUGAAGGUCGUCGACCCCAAGACCGCCGAGAACGUGGACCUCCGCAAUAUCCGUAUAGUGAAGAAGGUUGGCGGAACAAUUGAGGACAGUGAGAUGGUUGAUGGCUUGGUUCUGAACCAGCAGGUCAUCAAGAGCAGCGGCGGUCCUACCAGAAUUGAGAAGGCCCGGAUAGGUCUGAUUCAGUUCCAGCUCAGCCCGCCUAAGCCUGAUAUGGAGAACCAGAUCGUCGUGAACGACUACCGCCAGAUGGACAAGAUCCUCAAGGAAGAGCGCCAAUACCUCCUUAACAUGGUCAAGAAGAUCCAGAAGACCAAGUGCAAUGUCCUUCUGAUUCAGAAGUCCAUCCUCCGUGAUGCCGUCAACGACCUUUCCCUUCACUUCCUUUCUCGCCUUAAAAUUUUGGCCGUCAAGGAUAUCGAGCGUGAUGAGGUUGAGUUCCUCUGCAAGAGUCUGGGCUGCAAGCCUGUUGCCAACAUUGACUCUUUCACUGAGGACAAGCUGGGUACCGCCGACCUGGUUGAGGAAGUGCAGCAGUCUGGUGCUCGCUAUGUGAAGGUCACCGGUAUCAAGACCCCUGCUGCCGCCGCCAACCAGACCGUUUCGAUCGUCGCCCGUGGCGCUAACAACCUCAUUCUGGACGAGGCUGAGCGUUCUCUUCACGACGCUCUUUGUGUCAUCCGUUGUCUGGUGAAGAAGCGCGCCCUCAUCGCUGGUGGUGGUGCUCCUGAAAUUGAGAUCGCCCACGCCCUUGCCAUGCGUGCUCGUCAACUGACCGGCACGGAGGCUAUCUGCUGGAAGGCAUUCGCUGAUGCCAUGGAAGUCAUUCCCACCACGCUGGCAGAGAAUGCCGGUCUGAACUCGAUCAAGGUUGUCACUGAGCUGCGCCACCGCCAUGCCCAGGGCCAGCACAACGCAGGAGUCAGCAUUCGCAGUGGUGGCGUGAAGGACGACAUCACUGAGGAGAACAUCCUGCAGCCGCUCCUGGUGAGUACCAGCGCGAUCGAGCUGGCUGCUGAGACGGUGAAGAUGAUUAUGAGAAUUGAUGACAUUGCUUUGUCGCGGUGAGCGAUGGCGCGGAGUGAAUUGGAAAAGUAAGCCAGGUGGUGUACUAUGACGAGUAAUUUAUCAAUCAUACCAUGUUCAAAAGAUAGAUCGUUGGUGUCUAAUUGCACAUAAUCAUCGCCA